UUCAAUGAUGAUCAUCGAAACGAUUUGAAUAUAUCACAGAUAAAUAAAAUCUAAUCUAAGAGGAAUAAUCCAAAAAGGAUUCUUAUUCAAAUAAUAUUUCUUCUUCAAAAUAACCGAAUGUCAUGUUUCACGAUCAAUAAGCGAGAAUUUUUUUCGAGAAUUGAAACAAAGCUACUUGAUCGUUCGAAUUAAUUUAUUUUAGAAUCGAUGAAGAAUAAAUCACCAAGAACGUUAAUGACAAUUAUCGAGUCAUUUUGAUUAUUUCCUAACGCACACUUACGAGAAACUAUUAUUAGUAUUCUUCUAAGCUAAAGCUGCAACAACAUUUCCGUCAGGAUGUAAAAAAAAAAAGUAUUCAGUCGCAUAACCAGGUUGCUAUAGAAUCGUGUCACGAUCAGGCGCAUCGCUGUUCUUAUUAAUUUGAAUCUUCACGUAGACAAUUUUCACUUGGCUAUAGAUUGUCUAUCCGAACGAUCUCGAAGACGAUAACCCAUCAUACGUGAAGUACUACCCAUACGAUCGUUCUAAUAUUUGAAUGGACGAAUAACCCUUCUCGUUCUCUUAUGCACAUAGUCGUGCUAGUUAGGCAUACGAAAGAAAAGCGGUCACUACCAAUAUUUGGCCAUCACCCAGGAUAGGUAACAGCGAAAGUUCAUUGACGAUACUUCUUCCUAGUGUGAUGUGUCACCAGUGGAUGCCCUAUAAAUACUUAUGGGGGUCAUCAAUAGCGAGCAGUUUUUCUUCGGCAUCGUAGUCGUCAGCUUAGACUUAGGGAGUCUUCCUAAGGAUCAAUUAUGAAGAUUAUUUUGAUUCUUCCAUUAUUCCUGGUAAUCAGUACAGCAAUUACUGUCGAAAAACAUGAAAAGAAUAACAAUAAAUUAUUAAAGAAACAUGAUAAAAGAGGACUCGCAAAUUUAGAAUAUAAUUUACCUGAACCUGCAUAUCAUCCUCCUGAACCAGCUAUCUUUGAACCUUCUGCUCCCGAUCUAGGACAUUUGGAAUCAGUAGUAGCACCAGUUGCUCCUCCACCGGCUGUAUUACAUCCAGCUCCUGCAGUUCCAGUUCCUGCAGUACCGGUGCCACAGCCCGUUCCACAUCCGGUUCCAGUCGCGGUGCCGCAGCCCGUUCCACAUCCGGUUCCAGUCGCGGUGCCUCAGCCAGUUCCACAUCCGGUUCCAGUCGCGGUUCCUGUGACCAAACACGUGCCAAUUCCUGUACCCAUUGAUCGAGCGGUUCCAGUUCCAGUGGAUCGUCCUGUCCCCGUACCAGUCGCGGUUCCGGUCCCGAAACCGUAUCCGGUCCACGUGGAGAAGAUAGUGCACGUCGAUAGACCCGUUCCAGUGCCAUUCGAAAAGCCAGUCCACGUGCCGGUAGAUCGACCAGUGGCUGUUCCUGUUCCAGUGCCAAAACCAUAUCCGGUUCCCUUCGAGAAGAUAGUUCACGUGGACAGGCCUUAUCCGGUCCAUGUGGCGGUACCUUAUCACGUUCCCAAACCUUAUCCAGUUCCAGUCGCUAUUCAUGCUCACAAGUCGCAUGGAUGGCUCAAAUAAGACUCCAUUGGAAUAUUCUUGUUAGAUAUUGAUAGUAGAACUACUAACGGUUGGUUUUAACGAACCUGUACAGAAUUUGAUGUUUUAUUUUAUUAAAUUCUUUUAUUUAAUAUUGUUUACUACUUGACUUGCUUUUUGGAUAUUAUAAUUGAAAUUUGUUUAUUCAAAUUGUUUGGGGAGGCAGAGAUAAUUAAGUUUUAAAGAAAGUUUAUAAUAUGCAAAUCUAUAUAAUAUAUAGAAAAUUUGUGAACAUUUAUAAAUUGGAGUAAUUUUGAAGAAAAAUUACAAACCAGUUAUUUUGACUGCGUUAGUACUUCUUACAUGAGAAACAUUAUAUUAAGAAUAUAAUAUAUUCAAAAGAAUUACCUAGG